AUGAGUGAAAUCAUUCCUCCCACUCCAGUUUCUAAGAUAAACAAAGACGAGGGUCCUGCUAAUAGGAGAAUCUCUUUAACAGACCCAGCACCACAGCCUUCAGUUGAUUUAACAGAUGAAGCUAUCUCUUCCGUCUUGAAAUCUGAUUACUCUCUAGAUGCUUUGUCCAAAAGAUUGAAGCAAUCCACUGAAACCUGCGAAGAAUUUGCAAGGUAUUUGAGCAGAAAAGCCAACUCUAAGUCAGACAAUUACACCCACCUAAAAAAGCUAUCUAGAUCAACUAAUGAAACAAUGAAGAAAAACACAUCCAACAAGUUGAUUAAAGAUGAUUCUUUUGUUAAGCAAUUUUCGGCUAUCCUAUCCAUCGAGGAAAAGUUACUUGGAUUUGGCAAUUCUUAUGUGCAGUCUGUGAUUAGAAUUUCCGAUGAUUUGAAUUAUUUGAAAGAAUCAAUAAAAGAGAGAAGGAAAUCAAUCAAAGAUGAAGCUAGGAAGCGUGAACAGGAAUGCCUUGAAGCCAUUCAAUUAGCAGAGAAAGCAAAAAUAAAGUACAAUAGCUUGUGUAAAAAUCUUGAAAAGGUCAGAACUACAAGUCCAAACAGAACAAAAUUUACUAUCAAAGGUGCAAAGACAACACUUCAACAAGAGGAAGAAUUAUCUUCCAAAAUUUCAACUGCUGAAACUGACUACAGAUCCAAGUCUGAAGCAUCGCAGUCAAUUAAAAAGAAGCUAGUGGAGGUUUACCGUCCAAAUUAUUCUGCUCAACUUAGAGACUUGAUUUUAGAAAUUGAUAUUUCAUUAUCCUUAAAAUUGCAAGAAUAUACCAACUUUGAAGAAUCUUUACUAAUGCAUCUUGCAGUCACUAUUUCUCCGGCUUCAAUUGACUCUAAAAAGCCUUCUAUUAAGAACAUUGCAUCGUCUGUCAAUGUAGAAAAGGACUUAUAUGACUAUCUAAUGGGUUUUCAUAGAAAAACACCGAAAAAAGAAUAUAUACCAAUUCAAUACAAACUACAUCCUUCAUUUCAAAAUUCCCAAGCCAACUAUAACGCAAAUUUUAAUUUAAGUAUCAACUCAGGUCUUAGCUUUAGUACAACUGGGGGAAAUAACUUUGGGACUGCUAGUAACGAAGGACUCACAUCAACCUCCACAAUAACGCCAGAUUUCACUCAGUCUGUAGUCUCAACAUCUUAUAUUCCCACCAGAACUAAUCGGGGGUUUUCUAGUCUUGGAUUAAGUGUUGCGCCUUUACCAGGUAUCAUCAUACCACCAGUCAAAUUGAAAACAUUUGGAAAUGAUAUUGACACAUUAAUAAGGUUUCAAGGGGAAGAAAACUUUGUGCCCUACAUUGUUAAAUAUUGUAUCAGUUUGAUAGAUCUCUAUGGGCUAGACACUGAAGGCAUUUAUAGAACCAGUGGGAACCAACUUAAACUUCAAGAGUUAAAGGAAUCGAUUGACUCAAAUCCAAAUAAUAUAAUUCAAAUAAUUCCUUCAAACAAUUCUGCUUCUGAUGGUGAGAUAUACUUAAUUGCAAGCUUGUUGAAAGCAUAUUUUAUUUCCUUGCCUGAACCAUUAUUGAGCAAUGAACUAUAUCCCGAGUUUAUUGCUGCAGCAAGGUUACCAGCUGAAUCGAGAGUUAAAAAGCUUCAUCAAACUGUUUAUGCUUUGCCUGAUGGGCCAUAUUGGACUUUGAGAUCAUUACUAUUUCAUUUUAGAAGAGUUUCGCAAAGGCAAGAUAUUAAUCGAAUGUCUGCCAGUAAUCUUGGUAUCAUUUGGGGCCCCACGCUUUUAUCCUUUGCAAUUACAAAUCCAGAUGAAAAAAGUUAUCAAAGUAAAGUCAUUGAAUAUUUAAUGCUAGCAGCAGAUGAAAUAUUCGAGGCAGAAUGA